AUGGGUUUUCAAAUCGCCCACCUAUGGAAGGCCCCUGAGGUCAACCCCAUCAGUAGAAAAGCACGAAGUGUACCAAUGCUCAACCCUAUCAAUAUGUAUGGCCGGGUGUUCUCUUUCUCAUGGCUAGGAUUUAUGCUUGCCUUUUGGGCCUGGUACACUUUCCCCCCUCUAUUGACCGUCACUAUCAAAGAGGAUCUUCACCUUACACCGGCCCAAAUUGCAAACUCCAAUAUUGUUUCACUCUCGGCUACUUUCUUCCUUCGAUUCUUGACCGGUCCUCUAUGCGACUUGUACGGCCCCCGACGUGUCUUCGCUUACUUGAUCCUUCUCGGCUGCCUACCCAUUGGUCUUGCACCACUUGUCAACAGUGCUACUGGUCUAUACGUCUCUCGAUUCUUCAUCGGUAUCCUAGGAGCUACAUUUGUACCUUGUCAGGUUUGGUGCACUGGGUUCUUUGACAAGAAUGUCGUUGGUACUGCCAAUGCUCUUGCUGGUGGAUGGGGAAACGCCGGUGGUGGAAUCACUUAUUUCAUCAUGCCUGCUGUCUUCGACUCACUGGUUGCUAACCAUGGCCUGACCCCAUCCAAGGCUUGGAGGGUCACAUUCGUGGUCCCCUUAGUCUGUUUGAUCGUCUGCGGUCUCGGCAUGCUGCUCCUCUGUGAUGACAGCCCUAUGGGUUCUUGGGAUGAACAGAGCGAGCUUGUCCGAAAGAACAUGGAAGCACAUGGUAUCUCUAGUUCAGGCGAUGUUACUCCUAUCCCUACACCCGACCGCUCGGGUUCAGACGAGGAAAAGAACCCUGGCGAGGAGAGAGAUGUCAAGGUCGGUGACCACGAACACUCCAUCUCACGCAGUGAAGCUAUGGAAAUUGCGCGAGGCGAGAUCGUUGUCAAGCCCAGUCUCCGCGAAGCCCUCCCCGUUACGUACUCUCCUCAAACCAUCUUCCACGUUGCGACCUAUGCGUGCUCGUUCGGUGGCGAGCUUGCGAUCAACGCUAUCCUGAGCUCCUACUUCAAGAAGAACUUCCCUCAUCUCGAUCAGACCAAGGCUAGCAACUACGCUGCGAUCUUCGGCUUCCUCAACUUCCUGAACCGACCUUUGGGUGGUGUUAUCGCAGACAUCUUGUACAACAACUUUGGACGUAGCCUCUGGCUCAAGAAAGCUUGGAUCAUUGCCUGCGGAGUCCUGACGGGUGCUCUUCUUAUUGUCAUCGGCAAGGUUAAUCCAUCUGAAGCCAACGGGGGCGACAUCGGGACGAUGGUUGGCCUCGUGGUGGUUAUGGCUAUCUUCAUCGAGGCUGGCAACGGUGCCAACUUUGCUCUUGUGCCUCACGUCCACCCGUCUGCCAACGGUAUCCUGUCGGGACUUACAGGAGGUGGUGGUAACAUCGGUGGUGUCAUCUUUGCAAUUGUCUUUCGCUUCAUGCACGGUGGUAACGACUACGCCAUGGGCUUCUGGGUUAUCGGAGUCAUCACCAUCGCACUUAACUUGGCUGUAUGCUGGAUCCCCCCACUGCCCAAGGGCCAGAUUGGUGGCCACUAG